ACUCACAGUUUGGGUCCCCUGAAGAUAAACCAGAAAAAAGAAAAGAGGAAAAGUCAGGAAGAAGAAGAUGAGGCAUUUCGUGCUCGUCCACGGCGCGUGCCACGGAGCGUGGUGCUGGUACAAGGUGAUCGCGGAGCUCAAGCAAGCCGGCCACAAGGUCACCGCCCUCGACCUGACGGCCUGUGGGAUCGACCGGCGGCAGGUGGAAGAUGUGCAUGGUUCCGUCGUCGAAUACUCCAAGCCGCUGCUCACCUUCAUGGCCUCUCUGCCGGCGGCCGGUAGUGACGAUGAGAAGGUGAUUCUGGUGGGGCAUAGCAUGGCCGGUUCCAGCUUGUGCAUGGCCAUGGAGAGGUUCCCGGAGAAAAUCUCUGUUGCUGCCUUUCUUGCUGCCGGAAUGCUGGGGCCUGAUUUGACAUCGCAAAUGGUGGAUGAGAAGUUUGUUGAAUUGUCGCCGACGGCGGACACAAUGGAUUCCCAAGUGAUAUAUGGGGAUGGCCCAGAUAAACCUCCAACAGGCUUUUUGCUCGGCCCCAAGCACAUGGAGACGCAUCUCUACCGCUGCUCUCCCCGCCAGGUAAAAGUUACCGGCCGGCCGGCCGGCCACCACAGUUACAGGCAUAUCGAUGUUGACCUGUGCGUCCAUAUAUUAUACGCAGGAUCUGGAGCUGGGAAUAACGUUGGUGAGGCCAUGUCCGAUCUGGGACGCAGAAGAAGCUGCGAGAGACACGGUGCUGACCAACGACAGGUACGGAACCGUUGCCAGGGCGUACGUCGUGUGCGACGAGGAAAAAGACGGCGCUUUCCAGUGGUGGCUCAUUGAGAACAACCCUCCGGACGAACACGUCGUGAUUCCUGGUUCCGACCACAUGGUCAUGUUUUCCCAACCAAGUCUCCUGUCUGAAUAUCUCCUCCAACUUGCCGCCAAGUACAUUUGAUCACAAACAUAUGAUCACCAUGUUGUUCAGGAUUCAAUCUUGAAGGAAAUUUGAUAUUUGAAGCGGAUCCAAUUCAUUCAUGGAUCAUGGUAUUGAUUAUGAUGUGAACUUUCUUCCCCAGCGCUGUCACAACUCAACAUAUGCAUCCUAGCCUAAAAACAGAAUCAUUGAGUUAUACUGGUUGGUUUCGUACCGCCACAUAUGUAACAUGUAUGAGCCAUUAGAUGUAACAAAACGCGAAUUCGAAGACCCUUAGGACGGACAACAUCUAUACGAGAUAAAAUCACGGAGACUUUCAUUCACUGGUAACUGGUAAGGCUUCUAGUGAAGAAGUACAAACAUCAGUACGUAUUCAUUCAAUUAUGAAUUGGAUGUGAAGAGUGGG